AUGGAACCACUACCUCCAAAUGACCAAUUAGAAAACGCGGAGCAAAAGGAGCCCUGCCAAACCGAAACUUUCCAACAGCAACAGCUACAGACGUCAGAACAACAGUGUGAUUUGCAACUUCAGCAGACUAUUUGUCAAUCAGAGGAACCGCUUGAGUUAUGUGUGGAUGGCGUGAGUGCUGCUACUACCACGGCGAACUUGAAGACCCAAUUUACACAGUCUGGUGAGGUGCUGCAUACCGACAUGACCGGGAGUGAGUCAACAAAGAGGCUUAGCGAGUUUGCCUACAUUUCACAGCCACCGACAGUGGAUCCAACCCAAAUCCUCAAGGCUGAGCACAUUGUAUGCGCAGAGCAUAUCAACGUUGAGGGUUGUUGUUCAUCCGAGGUUUCAGAAAAGUAUGAAGACAGGUGA